AUUUUUCUUAGUUUUGCUGAUAAUUCGAAUCGAAUAGCACACGAAAAAUGUCGCUGCUAAAAAUCUGUGUUUUACUAGGAGUGAUUGUGCUAACAGCCGCAGAAGUUGUCGAUAUUAAACCGUGCGGCGAUGUCGACGCUUGUACUAUUCAUGAGGCACGCAUUAGUCCUUGCCCAGAGGCUCUGGAUCAUAAGGCAUGUCGCGUGAGUCGUCGCCGCAAGAGCAGUGAAAUGUCUUACGACUUUUCGACGAAUUUCGAUGCGCCCACUUUGGAGGCCGGCUUGGCUUGGCAUAAGAGCGAAACACAAGAUUUACCAUUGAUCACCAUGGAUAGGAAUGCUUGCAAGUACACUUCAUGUCCAGUUGUCGCCAAUCAAACUCAAACAUACAGGAUAGAUAUCCCACUGGAUACGAAAUUCCCAAUGCAUACCUACGCAAUCAAAUGGACAUUGAAAGCGCCCACUGGACAACUCUGCUGCUUCACCACCGAAAUAAAAGUGGUGCGUUGAUGGGAAAAUUAAUUUGAUUUAACAUUGAAAAGAAAUUAAUGUACAUUAAAUCGUAUGGCAAGAAUUACAUUUAAAGCACUAUUAUAACUCAACUCUAUUUCAAAUGUGAUACUUAAUUCUGGUUAAUAUGGUUGUUGGUGGCAAAAUAAAAUCGCACUAUUUACCUAACAGUUUUA